AACAUGAUCUUAAACCGUCUGCUGGCCGCACUCAGUACUUUGGAGGGAUGCGGGUGCGCAUCCGCUUCUGCGUGCACCUUCCAGCAUCCAUCCAGAUGGAAUUGUGACUUUUACGCACUGAGUAAAUAAAAGGCUUAAAAGGGAUUUCCACUAUAUUGAUGGUGAAUAAGAGAUGCUCCUCAUCAGGCAUCUCAGUGGAUUCGUGUAACACGAUGAGGUUAUGAGGAUCGAUUGCUUUGGGGGGAAAAGGAUGCGCUCACAUAUACGCACAAACUGGAAGGAUUUAAAAGAGGGACACACCUUGGAUUGUGAUGACCGAGGCUUGUGAGUGCUUUGCCGGCAUGAGUGUGCGCCUCACGCCCUGAACUUGACGCCAUCAACACUCGCACGUUCCAAGGUAAGAUUAAAAAGGAAAGAGGGACAUGAGCGAAAACUGCAAAGCCGCAAAAGAGCCCGGCUCGGCGCAGAGCCCUCCGUCGGAUGUGAUCGAGCUGAACGUGGGCGGGCAGGUGUACUACACCCGUCACGCCACCUUGACCGCCUUUCCAAAUUCCUUCCUCGGGAAACUGUUCUCGAGCAAAAAAGGCUCCUCCACUGACCUGUCCCGGGACUUUAGAGGACGCUACUUUAUCGACAGAGACGGCUUUUUGUUUCGCUAUGUAUUGGAUUACCUGCGGGACAAGCAAGUCGUCCUGCCGGACCACUUCCCCGAGAGAGGGAGGUUGAAACGGGAGGCGGAAUACUUCCAACUGCCUGAUUUAGCGAAACUUUUAUCAUCGGAGGAGUCCAAACUCUUCCCGGACGAUUACAGCGAUUUGGACGAUGCGUCCGUGGGCAGCGAGCAUCGCUUCUACCCGUCCUACUCUUUGGACAGGAGGUACGGUUACAUCACGGUGGCGCUGAAAGGACCCGCGGGAGGCAAAGAAAGCGAGGCCGACUCCAAGAGUCGAAAGUUGCCGAGGAUCUUCAUCAGCAGUAGGAUCGCCUUGGCUAAGGAGGUCUUUGGAGACGCGCUGAACGAGAAUAGAGACGCGGAGCGAGCCCCGGAUCGCUACACGUGCAGGUUUUACCUCAAGUUCAAGCACCCGGAGAGGGCGUUUGACAUGCUGUCAGAGAGCGGCUUUCACAUCGUGGCCUGCAACUCCUCCCUGACCGCCUCUUCUGUCGUUCAUUACGCGGACGACAGGCUGUGGUCCAAUUACGCGCAGUACAUCUUCUACCGUGGGCCCUCACGGUGGUCGUCCUCACACUGCGACUGCUGCUGCAAGAGCCACAAAAGCGAGCGCGAAGGAGAAAGCGGCACUUCCUUCAACGAGCUCUCCACUUCAUGCUCGGAGACCCAAUCGGAGGCCAGCUCGCCUCAAGGGACCGUCAUCUGCGGCCCCGUGACUCGACGCCCCAACAUCCAGUCAUUGGAUCGACCGGUGCACAAAGGGCCCGCUCACAUGAUGCAGCAGGCAGAGACGCGGCGUAAGACUGACAUGCUGCGCGUCAGGACCUUCGGAGUCCGCGAUCGAGAGGCUGCCAAGAGGAAAGCCAACAAGGAGAAGAUGACACCGGAGCAGGAGCUGGAGAAAUGCAUCCAGGACUUCCGCCGCAUUAGGAUUCCAGAUCACUUUCCGGAGCGGAAGUACAUGUGGCAAUCGGAGCUCUUGAGAAAAUACCGUCUCUGAGUAUGGAGUUGAUAACAGUAUCAUGUCACCUGGUUAUCGUGAGCACCCAAAAACAUAAAAACGACUAUCAAAAAUUAGUGUUGCACCGAUACAAUUUUUGGCUACCGGAUGUGUGGUAUCGGUCGAUACUGUACCGAUACCACUCUUUCUGAAUAAGAGUUUAAAAAAUUCUGGGCUCCCGAUACUGAUUCUAACACCCGGCUGCGUGGUAUCGGCCGAUGCUGAUAUUGUACCGAGACCAAAUUAAAAUAUCUAUAUAUAUUAACUUAAUUUUUUACUUCCAAUACCGAUUUAAACACUGGCUGUGUGGUAUCAUCCCAUCCCAAUCCUGUAUCAAUACCACGUUUUAAAGGGAACCUCGGACUUAAAGACUUGUAGGCUUUAAUAAGCUACAAUUGUUCUAUUACUAAAAUAUGUUAUUAGAAACACAUGAAAUAUUACCAUUGAUUUAAAAAUCUAUAAUAUUUAGUACAUGUUUUGACCUACGGAGGGCGCCAUGUUUUAUGCGCACAAUGGAUGCUCAGGGUGAUGACGUAGUUUGUCACUGUCACUAGACGAACACUACCGGUGUUCUGCAAUUUUUUCUACGCGGUGAUACUUCCAACUAGGGCUGCAGCUAUCGAUUAUUUUAGUAGUCGAUUAAUCGAUGAACUAGUUAGUUCGAAUAAUCGAGUAAUCAGAAAAGGAACAGGAAAAAUUACGAUACCUGAUCUGAGCCUCAAACGGUAUUAAAAAUAAAUAAAUGAGGAUCUAUGUACAACAAAAGACAAUUGGCUAACUUACAUGGCAAAAGUCCGCUUGCUUAAAUGCUAUAAAAUGCUAACGUUUUUUUCCCAAUGCUCUUAACAAAUGGUUCAGACUCAUAUUACCACAACAAAUGGCUAAAUAUACAUAUAAACUAAAUUACGAAUGCUUUAAAAAACAUUAGCCCCCCAAAAAACUUAGCUUACGUUGGUCUUAACAGGGAGCAGUUGGAUUCAGCCAUGUGAAAUGAAGCAGACCAUAGGGGAAUGUAUCCACCCUAAUCAAUAAACUAAAUGUAAACAGUUUCAAAAUAAAACAUUACAACGCCACUUUAAUUAAACGAAUACUCGAGGGAAUAUUUUUUUCUAAUCGAAUACUCGAGUUAAUCGAUUAAUUGUUGCAGCACUACUUCCAACACAUGCGCACAUCGGUUAAAAGCGGCGAGUAUUUGCUAUUUGUGGUUUUAUUGAGUCUUUUAUUACCUUUUCAUUGCUUCAAAAUACUUCUUGCAUGUGCUUCCCUCUAAUACUUUUAAGCAUUGUGGUUUCUUGGGGUCGCUUUAAAGCAGAUUGUUGAUCUGUUGACCACAUUAGUCACGUAGUGUAUUUAAACCUCCCUUAUUCGAUAUCACUACGUUUAAGUAUUUUCUUAAGGCAUCAUUAGUAUGUUCUGCCUGUAUGCAUCUAAACAAAAAAAGCUGAAAGCGCACGGUAGUACUUUGGGUGUCAAAUUCGCCUCUUGUAGGACAGUUCGCCGGUGUAGCACAUUUUGGCAGAACACAGGUUUCGAUUAUUCUCGUCUCGUCUCAUCCCGUCUUUCCUGUUUAUUUUGCUUUUGCUGCUAAUUUUGUGAAAUAUCGACAGUGCUGUCAUGCUCAUUAAUGCUCCACUGGGAUUCAAAUUAAAAGGGCUGAACAGAUUACAUGUUUAUGUUGCUAGAGUCAUACUCUGGAAGCCAGGCAGCAUAGACAAGUGACGUCACCAAUGGCGACCUGCUAGUUAUACUAAUUUUAAAAAUUGUAUAAAAACAAAAACAUCAAGAGGAGUUUUAAUAUCAAAUUAUUUUAACUCAUACUAACGUUUAUCUUUUAAGAACUACAAGUCUUUCUCUCCGUGGUUCUGUUUAAAUAAAAAAUAUAUGCAGUUUUUGCCACCCGAUAUCUAUUCCAACACUACUGUGGUAUUGGCUGAUGCCGAUACUGUACCGAUACCAUGUUUUUGAAAAAAUAUAGUUUUUUUUUAAAGAAUACUCAAUUACUGCAUAUUCACAUGAAUAUAAAGUAAUCAGACACAGCUUUAACUCAUUGGCUGCCAUUGAUGUUAAUAGAAGUACAAUCUACUUGAAGCAGGAGGGUGGAAAAGAAUGAAGGUUCGUUCACUUGCUGCCACACUCCCAUUUCAAAUGAAUUGGGCGUCUACUAGUAAUAAGACGGGGCAUCUUGGCCAGAGGAAGAACAAAUUUUGAUUUGUAAUUCAUUGGCGGUUAUAGACAGCGCUACACAUCCAAUCAAUUUUAGGUAGCUGGCAGCCAUCUUCGGUAGAGCAACCAGCGGUUGGAAAUUAUAUCUCGAAAAGUAUAUACAGUGGUACCUCGACAUACGAAUGCAUCGACAUACGACCCAUUCGACAUAUAACGUAAAAUGUUUCUGGUCGUUUGUCUCUACAUAUGACGACAUGCUUGUAAUACGGCAGAAAUCAACAUGUGUCCCAAGAAGGUUAGUGCAGUUGGUGAAAAAAAGGAAAAAGGUGACGCUUCCCAUUGAAGUUAAGAAGGAAAUGAAAGAAAAAUAUGAGCGUUGUGUCUGGAGUAUUUGGUCGUAAUAUGUCUACAAUCUUGACGUUCCUCAAGCAGAUGGAAGCCAUCAAAACGGUCAAAGCAUCCUAGGGGAUGACUAUUCUGUCUAAACCUCGUAGAGCUAUUUCAGAGUAGAUGAAUGCGUUUUACUGAUAUGGAUUAAGAAUGCACCAGCCGUUUCCUCCGACAUCCAUUCGUCAAUUUCUAUAAGUUAAGGUUGUAGCGCGGAGCAAGGACGGUGUGUCAAAAAUAUGUAGCCAAACUGCGAUGCUUUAUUGACUUUCCAGCAGCAAUGUUACACACAAGUCAAACAGCAUGGACACGGGUCAAAACUAACAACUUCAGGAUUUUCCUUAACCAAAAACGUUCCCCCCGCAACAUCAUAACCGUGACUAUAUUUCUGCGGUUGAAUUAUGUCUAACACUACAAGGUGAUAAUUAAAACGCUUUUUUAUUUUCUAUUUAUUAUUAUUAUACAAUUUGUAUUUGUAAUUUAUUUGUUUUGCUAUCUGUAAUUGCUACUUGUAAUUGUACCUGCAGUACAGUAUUUAUUAAGGAUUUAGCUUUGGUUUUUGGGCUGUGGAACGGAUUAUUUGAAUUACAGGUAGUCCCCGGUUUACGAACAAGUUCCGUUCCUGAGCUGGCAGGGUAACCCGGAUUUCCGCGUCAGUCGGAAUUAACCCUUUAAAUACCCCCAAACACCCUCUAAAUUAAAAAAAAAAAAAAAAAUCCAAAACCAUGUAUUAUACACCAUUGUACUGUCCUUGCCAAGACAUUGGAGCUAAGUACUAGCUAGACAGUGAGCAAAGCUCCGAAAGGGCGAUGUCCGACGUCCGUGUGGUUUGCUGACUUUAUUCAGCUGCUCAUGACAUCAACACUUUCUGAAUUAAACUAAAAUAAAAUGAAAUUAAAUCAGUCUCAUCCUCAAUUACAGCAAUUCAAAUUUACGUUUACAAGUAGCUGCUGAUACAGUAAUAACAAACGAUUAGCAUGUAAUAGUUAGCGUCCGCACGUCAUCAAAAACAAUAACAUAAACUCGCCCCAAGUAUUCAGCCACAAUUGAAAACGCACAAUAAACAGUACAAAAUAGGUUAUACUAUUAUACAGCUGUCUCCUCUGCUUCACAAGCAAAAAAUACACGCGCAGGCUGUCACUUCUGUCACAGCUGCGCUGUCUGUGUGUGUGUGGGGUGGGCGGGUGCGCCUGUAUAUGCGCUUGCUUACUGUUCUGCACUUCCUCCACCAAAAAAAAAAGAUGAGACGUAGGUAACCCGGGGACUACCUGUCUAAUGUAUUCUUAUGGGAAAAUCCCGCUCGACAUAUGACCAUUUCGACUUACAAACCAGGUCCUAGAAUGAAUUAAAUUCGUAUGUAGAGGUACCACUGUAUUGUGUGGAAUCUAUAUGUUAUUUCUUAGUACGUGCCAAUACCGUAUCGGUGCAACACUAUGAAACAACGACACCAAAACAAGUUGCGUGGAAUUUAGAAAUUUUCCACAUUCGUCCUAGAACUGCUCCACAAUGUUGUGCAUCCCCACCACUCGCGCACAAGCACACAACUCAGAUUUCAUCUGAGGUGAAACAGAUCCCUCCCUGUUGACAUUUUUAAUGUAUCUGUCGAGGGUCCCAAUAGAAAGCGUGCAAAGCAAGCACCGUUCAAAGCAAGCACUAUUUUUAGCAAGAUUCCGCCAGGUCACACACAGUAAGUGAGAGGCAGUGUGAGUCACUGGAUUUGUAAAGAGUACCACCGUGUAUGAUAUGCACACGUGCGAAUCAGGUUACUCCUGUUUGGGGUGCUUACAUCACUAACCUCCCCUUCAUGUUGGAGGAGGUCAAAAGCAACAAAGCAACCUCAGGGGCAACAUCUUGUCAAGCUAUCACAUUAUCAACGUGCUCUCUUCCCUUUUUCGAUCGCGGAUGGUGCUUUGAGUUCACUGUACUCCACGGAUAACACAAAACUUGUAGUAGGCUUCGAUAAUGGCACUGCAUGUCAUUUCACUUAUCAUAAUUAUGCAAUCUCACAAAAGAUGGUGCGGUGGCAUCGAGAAAGCACUGCCUGGUUCUGUCUGCCAUUGUAAAACAUUUUGUCUCGAGUCAUUGUGUGUCGGUUUGAUGAUGAUGAUGAUGUGUAUGUAAACACAAGUGGCUGUUGUGUGAAUAAAAGCAAGUAAAAAGGUGAAAAAAUUAUGGGGUGAUUGUAAAUAUUCUUAAUCCGAUCGUUUAUCUGUGCAAUAAUGUUGUGUAAGUAGCAUCUUUAUGGUGAAGGGAUUAUCCUUUAAAAGAGAAGAUACAUUUUAUCAUAGACUUCACUAUCAGUUGAAGUUGACACAGGUUUCGGGGCCGAUCCGUAGGGGGGCUAUUUUCAAAAACAAAACAGGCACCUCCCUUAUGCAUAUAUAAGUCUUCAUGAUCAGUGAAAUAAAAAAAUUGAAAGUCGUUCCUUAAUAAAAUCCUGAUUCUUUUUUAUAGACCCUACCCACGUGACGUCACAACUCCAACCUCCUGACUGGUGCCGCCCAAUUGUCCGUCAACACAUCGUGUUUACCUGUUACGGCUACGUACAUUCCUCCUAUUUACGGCGUGUUUUUCUGCUCGUUAACAUUAAUAAUCAAAAUGGUGAAGGCGUGUGUGGCGGUCGGUUGCAAUAACAGAAGAUAGACGGAGAGACUUGAAGUUCUACCGGAUUCCGAGAGACCCGGAGAGGAGAGAGCGAGAUGGGCUGCUGCAAUUCGACGAGAAAACUGGGCUCCAAACGAUUACCACAGAUUAUGUAGUAGUCAUUUUAUAUCUGGUAAGAUGCAUUUAAUAUAUAUUUAGAGGGUUUUGGGCUGACAACCACAAUUAAGAUCAUUGCUAGGCUAAUCGCCGACAACAUACACGUAUGUAUGUAGUGAGAAUGCUAUCGCUAAACCAUAUAAACAUUAAAAGCCCUAGCUCCAUUGACAAAUGGACAUGAAAUACAUUAGACUUUACAGUGGAUGUUAGCAAGAACAAAAGAUUUUGAACUGAAAAUUUCGUAACUCACCUUUCCAAGCACAAGAUAGAUUCCUGCCGAAUUUUUGUGGACGAGGACCUGUUUCACCCAACCAGCAACGAAGUACUUAUAAGCCUCCAAGCUCUUAAAGUUUUUCAAACUUUCGUGAGAAUAGGCUGAUUUUGUGUGGACAAGAUAGUUGUAAAUAUCAGGGUACCUAGCAGAUGUCAGGCAAAUACGGCGAAGACAGCGGGUCGAAAAACAUCGAUUUAGGCAUCAAAUAUGGAUCUGGCGAAUGGAUAAACUGAAGCUUUUCCACAUAACGCCUUUUAUGCAACGCAUCAAGUGAGUUUACGGCAUCCGAAAGCACCGGGUCUUCCAUGAAAUGCAUUAUAAAUUGCUCGAUCAAUUGAGACCAUUGAUAAUACAGACACAAAAUGACGGACAAGGGGGCGGAACAAUACAGCGAUCACGUGAUUUUGUGACGUCGGUGGGUAGGGUCUAUAGAAGUAUAACAAAACAAUAUGGCUAUAAAAUUCUAAAAUGUUACUCUCGAUGCACAAAAAUCACCAAAUGCAGAGACAAUCCCCUAUAUUUUCUGGAUCAUUAGCAAUAUUUAGCAUAUCAUACAAGUUUUUGCCCAAAAUAUAUAUAUAUUUUUUUCUUGUGAAAGUUUUCAACAGCUAAUAAAUCACUCAAAUUUCACAUCAGAAACUUAAUACUUGAGGAAAGCAUGCAGAAUCAUCUUAAUUUCGCUCAACAAAAGCAAAAUUUGCAUUUUUAUGUAUGGCUGAAAACACAGACGACUGAAAAAGCAGUUUCUGCUCUUGCACCCCUCUUUGAAAUAAACGGUUCUAUUUUAAGACAAAGUAUUGUGUUUGAUAGAACAUUAUGCGGACGUUGCAGAUUAAGCCCACAAACUAUUUUUAAUUUUUCCCUUUUACCCUUUUUUUCCACAAUGUUUCAAAGUGCAUGCAUGAGGCUAUUUUAUGUAAUAAUUACCUUGAAUCCUUGGACAAAAUCGCUCUUAAGACACUCCUACCUGCUUGUAUGCAGUAAAACUUUUGUCAUUUUUCCACCAGUUUAUCAGUUUAUCACAGUGAAAGCCAAAUGAUCUGCCUGGGUCAGCCCCCAACGGGAAGGCGUGCCGCAGUGUUUGUGGGAGCUGUCCUGUCAACUAAUAGUGAAGUCUAUGACGUAUUUAGAUUUUUAAAAAUCCUUUCAUGCACGAAUUAUGAUUU